AUGAAAAUGAGAACACAUAAUGGACAUUUUCAUCGACAUCAAAAAAACGUGUUCCUUAUCACCAUUACCAGUGGCCUUCGCUUUGGCUCGCAGUCCGUCGCCUUCAACGUUCCCUCCCUCCCACAGGUCCUUCUCUGCGCCCUGGCCGCGGCACAGGCGGCGCCGCAGUUUCUCUUCGUCCUUCCACACGACUUCGGCAGCGGCCCCAACGUGCCCCUGCAGGCGAUUCCUCUCGACCAAGCGGCCAGCGUCUCUGCACAGCUCUCCGCCGCCCCUGCAGAGGAGGCACCUGCUGAGGCUGAGGUCGUAGCGGAGGCGGCUGAGGCUGCCCCCGAAGCAGCUCCUGAAGCUGCGGAAGCCGUCCCUGAGGCUGCGGAGGUAGCCGAGGCUGCUCCUGAAGCCGCGGAAGCCGCGGAAGCCGCGGAAGCCGCCCCCGAGACUGCUGCCGAGACUGCAGAGGCCGCCCCUGAAGCUGCCACUGCAGGUGCCGAAGCAACCCCCGAGGCAGCCGAAGCCGAGGUUGCAGCCCCCGCGAGCGAGCCAGCCGCCGAAGCGGCCCCUGAGGCUGCUGUUGCUCAGGAAGCCGCCCCCGCUCCCGAGGCCGCCCCUGCAGUCACGGUCGAUGUCAAUGUCGCAGAGCCUGCCGUGGUCGUGGCCGCCCCCGCUGCGUCGCCGUCGCUGCCCACCCUGGGCACCCCCGCCGUGACCACCAAGCUGCGCACCGACCCCUCUUCCCUGAACCUGGUGGACCCCCUGGGCCAGGUGGAGGCCCGCUUCCGCCCCUUCAUCUACCCCAACGACUCCCCUGACGUCGUGGCCGCCAAGGUGGCCCUCUUCCGCCUCCACGCCACGCGCCACCCCCUGGCCGCGCCCUCGCCUGCGCCCGCACCCCCAACCGCAGCGUAAACGCCAGUGAGGUCGUGUGAAAGUGCGUGUGUGUGAAUCGGAGAGGGAGAUAAACAGAGAGAAACGAGAAGAAUAAGAAAUGAGAGAAGCAGUUCACUGAUAUUCUCUCUAGAAUCUUAUAUUUUUUUUCCGUUCGAAAUCUCUUUAUCUUUCUCUCACACUCCUUCAUUACUCCCAAAUCACUUAUUCCAAUCUUCUUUCAGAAUCCUAGUUGGUGUGUGAAUACGCACAUCAGGCUAGUGGUCUGCCAUGUAAAUAGAACUUCAUCUUAUCUUUGACUCUGUAAAUAGGGGCUGUGAGUAGAAUAGCAGGCUUGUCUAGUCUUGGCUGGGGCGUCCAGAGGUGCAUGGGCGCGCAAGAGCUCGGGCGAUUGUGAUGCCGAAAGGUUUCAUUCAUGGGUGUGCAUCUACUAUUCCAAUCCCGCUUUUGUAUGCUUCUUGAGAAUCCUUGGUGUGUAUAUGAAUCGGCCCUCGUUUAGUGUUACUCUUGUACAGGAAUACCCAAUGUUUUAGGGAAGACGUUUAUUGACAACUUCUCUAAGUCGGUGUCGGAAGGCAGAGCUGAAGGGUUACCUCAUCUUCACCCUUGAGGCUGUCCUGAGACACACUUGGAGGCACAGAGAGAUCAGUGCCAUGCAAACCAAAAAAUGAAAUGUACUUUGAGUGUCCAUAAGGUUGCACCAUUCGAGGAUAGGCAUUUCUUAUCCAAAUUUAUGGUUAUUACGCUCUAUUUUCAUAGAAGAAAGCGCGGAAUAAUACGUAACUUAAAAAUGGGACAGCUUUGCAGACACUUCAUGAACAUUGUACCUUAAUAAAUAUACAUGAGGCCACAUCCCUGCACAUCACUCUUUGGAAUGAGGAAGAGGGGAAACUGAGAAAAUCUUUUCCCCUUUCAUCCCUCUUCCAAAAGAGAAGAAGAGGAAUGUGUCACCAUAAAAAAAAAAAAAAAAAAAAAUAUGUAGCGUGUCCCUCCUACUGGAAUGCUUCGCUGCUCACUCUCGAUUCGACUUUAUACUACUUACAACGAAGUUAUGAAAAUAAAGGAUUAUUGAAA